UAGCUAGGGUGGUGGUUUUAGACUGGUUCAAAAUGACUGAUAAAACUUCUUGAUUCUUUAAUAAUGUAAUAUUUCUGCCAUUCAGGUCUCUGAGUAGAACAACGCUGUUACAAAAUGUGUUUAACAGUGUGGUAUAAGCUUUAAAGAAUAAUGUCGGACACUUUUUGAUAUGGAUUAUGAUCAUAAACACAUGUUAUGGUGAGUCUUGUAAUGGUGUCAGUGCAUCAAGUGCUCCUGUUUUAAAUUGAUUUCUGCGUUUCAUUUUUAUAUAUCGUUAAUCAUUAUUUUGUUUGACAGUCUUUCUUGACACAAUUUCAAGUUCAAGCUUUUUCUGUUCGACUAACUGAGAUACGACCUUUUCCAUACUAAGGAAAGCUCAUUGCUCAAACGGUUUAGUAAAGAAGGGAGAAGUUUAAAUAAAUAAGUAGCCAUGCUCUAUCAGCAUUCGGUGCAGAUGUAAAAACAAGUGUGAACAAUGUAUUCAUACGUGUUCCUUGUUAGAUUACAGUGCACUUAGUUUAACUGCGUCGCGUCGUGUACUGUUGUUUUAGUGCUGUGUGGACGAGCUGUCGCUAGAAUCAUGAGCUAUUGUAAAACUAAUUAAAAGAAGAAAAAGAAAAAAGUUUCCAAACAAGCAAAUUAAGGCCAACUCACAGGCAAGUCAAGCGGCGAUAAUGAGUUCACAUAGCCGGAAUUCAUUACGCACAAUAAAGGUGCUCUGUGGUGUGAAUUGAUAACAAGCAUGAUUUAACGGUGUGUCGAAAACAACAAAUUUGAUAUAUUACAUAUUAUCAGCUAAUAAAUCAAAUGACGGGCCUGCCCAGCGGAUAGACGACUCUGUUGAGUUCAUUAUUCGCUUGGUUGUUCCUAAUUUGAGGCCCUUAAUCUGCUAAAAGAAAAUAUAAUAAUAAUAAUAAUAAUAUAUAUAUAUAAAAUAAUCAAUUUGGUCAGUUAGGAUAGGAUGGUAUAAGCAAUAAGUUAGUCAAGUGAUUCUCCAUCAUUGCCGUUUCCUUUCUUUCAUAACAGUGACAUUACAAGCGACCAGCGCGUCGCGCAAACAGAGGCAACACGUGCGCAAUGAGCCAUUUGGUGCCUAUUACGCACGGUGUUUACGCAUUAUGUGUCUGCAGCGAGGACGCUUUUGAGCCGUGAUAACAAGUCAGUGAAGUGGCUUCGCAGACCAGGUGGCAGGCGAAUAUCACUACCAAUACGCCUCGGACAGAUGGUGAAGCUCUACAUGCACCUCUGCUAGAAAUGGAUACCAUUCCUCCAGACAUUCACUCGGAUGUUAAUUAACGCGUAGAACUAUUAUUAAGAGCGACACGACACAUACUCUCAUUUAGAUCUAGUUAAUGGCCCUGUAUAUUUUCAGAAAGUCGUAUAUUAAUUGAAUUAGGCUUGGUGUUGGCCUACGUCUUAGGCUGAACCUUAAAAUAAUGGUGACCCUUUUUCUCCAAUAUAAAGGUGAGGUAACCUGAGAGUUAAGUGGGUAUACCCCCCCCCCCCUAUCUGAACCCACACGUGAACACGCAGACUGUUACAUUGACAAGCUGUUUCAUAAUGUCACUGGACGUGAGCGAGAGCGCUAAUUUUCCUGCAAUCCGACACCGGAGUAGAAAACAGACCAGCAGGCUGUGUGUUGCUGGUUCACAGGAAGUUCGCUGAUUUAGGACGUAAAGUUUAAGCCAGGGGUGUUGAUUUAAUGGACAAAACAAGGCCACAUUUUGCUCCCGCCGAUAGACCUGCCCCUGUUUCAUAAACAGACUGUGUCUAUGUCACACGCACGCACGCACACGGGGGUUUAUAUUUCCAGCGCCAGACCAUUUUAUCCAAGAACUGCAGCGUAUAAAUCCAAGGUCUGUGCUGCUGCCUCAUAUGAUUCCAACACUCUCCGGGGACCUUGGAAUAACUGCUAAACCUUAAACAGUAGCUUGUUUUGGGAGGAGGGAGGGCGACCUCUGCAAAUAAAGCUACUUCCUUAUUUUAUGACUGAACUUCAUGCUAAAAAAAAAAAACUAUGAAUUACUAUUAAUUCCACUUUGGAAUUAAGGAAAUUCUGUGCUAUGGUAUGGUGGCCAAUCUUAACCUUUUUGAUAGCCUAUGAAUAUUAAGUUCCAUAAGGCCUCUGAAAAUAAAUAUUGAAUAGACACACAAGGAACGCCAGUGAGACUAUUUUAAGUCACCUGUUACUCACAUUUGAACGAAUACAAAGUCCUUCCUUUUUUUGGACUUCCAUGUCUCCAUUGCUCGUGACAUUUUUAAGAAAUCACUUGAGGCUUUUCUCAAAAGUGGAGUGAAAGGUGGAGGCAAAAUGGGGACACUGCUCACACAAGGACUUGAGGAAAAAAAUGGUUGACAAUCCUUUCGGGGCCAUGUCUCAUGUUUAAUUACCGUGAUAGAGGGAAAGAAAUGGCGCAAAGCGAAGCCCAAAUGUUCCUCCUAGUGAGGUCUGGACUUGGCCUUCAUGUAUUAAACACUAACAGAUAACAGCACCUCCUCCUUAAAGUUGAAAAGGCCUACAUGUGUUGCCCAAAGACGCAGUGACGGUCACUUUACCUCUGGGCUUGUUGAACUGACGCUUCUCAUCACUGCUGUUUCAGGUGAUUGCUGUUGGAUUUCAAACGCGGGACAAACGGAGGAGAGAGUGAAGGGGAAGUCAGGAGGGAAGUGAGACCGGGUGAGUUUGGCGCAGACAGUUGUGAGUUAGCAGGUAAACUGGGGUCCAAGGUGCGCACUGAGCCGCCUAUGAUACCAACAACACGGAUGGAAAGAACUUUAAUGUGGAACCCUCACAGAGUUUUGCAACGGAGGCUGAGAGUAGAGACAGACUGGCAGUUCAUAAUAUAACUUAGAGGAGGCCAGAGAGACAGAUCAGGCAGCAGUCAGCUGACACUCCGUGCGUAGGAACAGGCAGCAACAGGGACAGGACAGGUAGGCUAGAGCGGAGCAUUUAGGAACAGACCUUGCAUCAUCUGCGCACCUGGAGGCGUGUGUGUGUGUGUAGAAGAUGUCGAGAGAGGAGCAGAGUUUGUCGGAGGUUGAGCUAAGUCCCGGGAUGUCGGACGAUAGUCGCUCCCUGUCACCGGGCCACUCCUCCGGUGCGGCCUGCGGGGGGGACUCGCCUCUCCACGGGCAGCAGCAGCCGCAGCUAGCGGGCCUGGACGACUCGGCGGCGGGCUGCUCGUCUAUCAAAUCCGACGAGGAGGACGACGACCGCUUCCCCGCAGGAAUCCGCGAUGCGGUGAGCCAGGUGCUCAACUGCUACGACUGGACCCUCGUGCCAAUGCCCGUGCGCGUAAACAACGGAAGCAAGACCAAGCCGCACGUGAAAAGGCCGAUGAACGCCUUCAUGGUGUGGGCGCAGGCGGCGCGGAGGAAACUGGCCGACCAACACCCCCACCUGCACAACGCGGAGCUCAGCAAGACCCUGGGGAAGCUCUGGAGGCUUCUUAAUGAGAGCGACAAGCGACCCUUCAUCGAGGAGGCAGAGCGGCUGCGGAAGCAGCACAAGAAGGACUAUCCUGACUACAAAUACCAGCCACGACGACGCAAAAGUGGAAAGCCUGGUUCUGGGUCAGGAAGUGAGGCCGAUGGCCAUUCGGAGGGUGAGGUCAGCCAAUCCCACUACAAGGGCCUCCAACUGGAUGUGGCCCUCAGUAGGGGAGCAGGGUCCCCUCUGGCAGAUGGGCACCACCCUCAUGCUGCAGGUCAGAGUCACAGUCCUCCCACACCUCCCACCACUCCCAAGACCGAGCCCCAGUCUGGGAAGGCAGGGGAUGGAAAGCGGGAGGGUGCUGGGAAUGGGGGCUCCCGUGGCGCAAUGGGAGCAGAGGGAAGCUCAGGUGCUCCAGGAUCUGGUAAACCUCACAUUGACUUUGGUAAUGUAGACAUUGGUGAGAUGAGCCAUGAGGUGAUGGCCAACAUGGAGCCUUUUGAUGUCAACGAGUUUGACCAGUACCUUCCCCCAAAUGGACACCCGGGGGUCGGGCAGAGUGCUGGAGCAGCAGCAGCUGCAACAGCUUCUCCGUCCUCUCCGUACAACUACAGCAUCUCCUCCGCUCUGGCAGCAGCCAGUGGACACUCAGCAGCCUGGCUCUCCAAGCAGCAGCAGCAGCAGCAGCCGUUGCAACAUCACGGCCCCCCUCUGGGCUCAGAUCACUCCAAGACCCAGAUCAAGAGUGAGGCCAGGGGUCACUUUGCAGAGACAGCUUCAGUAGGUUCCCAUGUCACCUACACUCCCCUCAGCCUUCCUCACUACAGUUCUGCCUUCCCCUCGCUGGCCUCCAGGGCUCAGUUUGCUGAAUAUGCUGACCACCAAGCCUCAGGGCCAUACUACCCCCACUCCAGCCAGGCUUCGGGGUUGUACUCUGCCUUCUCUUACAUGGGGCCUUCCCAGAGGCCUCUGUACACUGCCAUCCCUGACCCAGCCAGCGUACCGCAGUCCCACAGCCCCACACACUGGGAACAGCCCAUCUACACGACACUGUCGCGGCCAUGACAGACAACAAGACUGGAGGGCACUGGUGCAGGUUCAGCCCCCAUGUCAGACCCAAGGAGCAGCAGCAGCAGCCACGGCAGCAGCGUUGGUGGUAUCGGUGGUGGAAGUGGUCUGGGCUGGGGGCAGUGGGCAGGCACUGGGGGAGUCGGCAGGAGGGGAGAAACCCCAUUCUGCCAAGAUGCAGAAAAGCCGUCACAGCCCAAGGAUGAGCUUGGAGCGUGGUGCUUUUGAAGCGUGGUCGAUUAUUUGGGGCACUCAGCGUAGUAGUGAGAGAAUGUGUUACUUUACACCAUCGCAGAGUUCCUGGUUAGAUUCACAGCAGCCACGCCUCCGGCGCUCCAAACUACACCAUGCAAAGUGUUCAUAAGAGGUAAAGGAUCAUGCCCCUGUAAGUUGAAUGUAUCAGAGGAGGCACCUUGUAGCCUACACCCCUCUGUCACAAACCACAAGGGGUCGGUAGCAACAGAGACCUGGUACACAUUGAGAAGUAGGAAGACUUUGAUCUGUAUUUUGAAGGAUGUGAUUGAGAUGGAGCCAAAUUCAUUCCAUAUGAAUUGGGAUUUUUAAUAUCUGAAGAACAGAGUGCCAAUCGAUUUGGCUGUGGCCUAUUCACUUCUCAGGCAAAAUUGACAUUUAUCAAACAGAUGUUAGUUUUGUAUUGCUUUUGGAAAUCAAUACAAGAAACACUGAUAUCAGUCUGUUGGUUUCUAAGGCACAUGUGUCCAUAUUUAAUUCAAAUGAUUAUGCUGUGUUCACUUAAACUGCUUCUUGUACACACAAAUGGACGUGCAUGGAAAUAAAAUGCCAUAAAACUAUGUUGAGGUUUUAUUUAGUGAAAUGUAUAUUUAGUCCCAAAAAAAUAUUUGUUAUGACUGACUAUUAUCAGGAUAGUUUAUUCAACGUACUUGAAAUUACAAAUGCUUAUGGAUGCAUACAGAUUUGAAAUAUUUGUAAAAUGACCAAAGUUUUGAGACCAAAACUUAUAGAAAAGAAACGGAUUUUUACAGACGUUUCUCCCAACGUGACACCCAAUACUACCUGACAUUUUGUAGCUAAUUAGUUUUCUCUUUGCUGUCUUAUUGUAAAUUACCUAAAAAUAUAUUGGUGUCAAAAGCAACUUUUACCUUUUUUUCUUCCCACAAUGGCACUGAUAAGUAUGAUGAUUAUCAUUUGUUUCUGAUGUAUUCAUGAAUAACAUUCAUGAUAAUAACAAUUCUAUUUAUACUUGCUUUAACCAUUUUUAUUGACCAUGGUUAGCUUAGCAAUCUAGACCCACCCUAGCGGCAGCAAAUGUAAUUUGCAGCCAGGGUCAGUCUAGCAACUCUCCGUUGGCUUGCGAGCUGGAAAAACCAAACUCUAUUCAGGCCAAUCACAUCGUGUAUAGAGU